CCGCGCAUAAUUGUUUCCAUGGAUACAGAUGGCAGCUUUUCUGAGAGCCCCACACUUGCGCUCCUACAGCCAGACGAUGCUGUGGGGACGGGGCUUGUCGUGUCAGAGGAGGCGUGGCUUGGAUUCCGGGCCACAGUGAGUGCUGUGCUGCUGUUGGAGUUGCUGCUGGGCGUGGGUGGGAACCUGACGGUGUUGGUGUUGUACUGCGGCCACUGCAGCCUUCUCGAGUCAGUCAGCCAUGCUGUCACACUCAGCCUGCACACGCUUGACCUGUUGCUCUGUCUGCUCUGCCUGCCUGCCACUGCGAUGCUCCUCCUUCUGGGUGGAGGCUCCAGCCCUCACCACGUCCUGCUGUGCUGUCUCCACGAAUCAGCAGCCACCUUCGCUAGCGUAGGAACCGCACUCAACCUGCUCCUCAUUAGCCUUGAUCGCUACGACAUCAGUGUCCGACCAGCCAAUCGUCUGCUUACGCCACGGAGAGCUGCGUUUUUGCUAACCGCAGUAUGGGUGGUGUCUUUAACCUUGCCAGUUUUGCCAUUUGUGGAGGCAGGGCUUGGCUCUGGGCCAACAGAUAGUGUACCUGUUAACUCAAAUAGCACUUUGUUGUGUUCCCAACUGCAAGGGAGUCUGCAAGCUCAUCUCUUUUUGCAGGCACCUAUCUUUCUGUGCUCACUAGUUGUAAUGCUGUUUACUUACUCACGCAUCCUGCAAGCCCUGCGCAUUCGCAUCGGACAUCCGGCUAGAGCACAAAGAGGUGCCACACAACUUGUCCAGCGCCGCUGGCAGCGUCGGAAGAAGUCUUCGCGGUCACCAGAUCCUGUGACAAAGACUGUAUCUGUCUCUCCUCCUCCCCUUUCUACAGGGCCACUCGUAGCCUCCGACACCAUUACCACAAUUACAAUGAACACAGAGACCAACACACCAUCACUGAACACACCACUGAGUCCACCCUCCACUGAGGCCACUGUAACCACACCCUUUGCACUGUCCCCAAAUAUCGGCUUAUCCCUGGCAGCAGCGCCUUUAAAUCCUUUGCCUCCACUGUCCACCAUAGCCACACCCUCAAACCAUAACCCAAAUGUUUCCACCAUCAACACCCCUCUACCCCCUACCAUAUCCACCAUAAGCAUACCACUAAACUCUAACCCAACUACACCCACCAUAACCACCAAUCUCAACCCUAAUUCUAAUACAUCCACCAUAUCCAGACCUUUAACUCCUAACCUUCAUACAUCCACCGUAUCCUUUCCUCAAAACACUAACCGAAUAAUUUCCACCAUAUCCAUACCAUUAAACUCUAACCCUACUCUAACUACAUCCGACAUAUGCUUCCCUGAAAACCCUAACCCAACUGCACCCACCAUAACCACAAAUCUACACCCUAACACAUCUACAUCCACCAUAUCCUUCCCUUUAAACCCUAACCCAACUAUAUCUACCAUAUUUGUCUCUCCAAACCCCAGCCCAUCUUCUUCCACAACAACCAUACCUCCAAGCGCAAGCCAUAAUCCAGCAUCAUCCAUCCUAACCAUACCUCCAAACCCCAGCCCCUCUAUGUCCACUAUAACCACACCUCUUAAGCAUACUGUGUCAUCCACAGCCUUGCCAAUUAACCCCAGUCCAACCAUUCCCACCACACUCUUAAGUCCCACUGCUACUCCUGCUCCAGCCAGUGUCGGUGUGGGGGCUUCAGUAUCUGCCAUCUUGGCUCUGCGUCGUGCUGUUAGACGUCACAGAGACCGAAGGGAACGUCAAAAACGUGUCUUCCGCAUGUCUGUCAUCAUUGUCCUCUCUUUUCUGCUGUGCUGGGCUCCUCUGUCCAUUACACCCCUCCUACAUCUGGCCAUCGGACCCUCUGAUUGGCUGGAGCGCCUCAGGGUCUGCUUCCUAGUGCUUGCCUACUGGACAGUGGUGCUUCAUCCACUGCUGUAUGCGUUCACCCGGCAGAAACUGCGUAAAGUCCUGCACACACGUCUGCGCAGGCUACGCAACAACAACAACAACAACACACACACCAUGGCUAAGGUGAAGCAGAGGAACCGGCGCAAGCACAGGGCAGACUGCAGCGAUGCUACUGACCGCUGCUUGAUGGAGGCUGUCCGUGAGUGAGUGUGUGUGUGUGUGUGUGUAAGCUGCAGGGAACAAGCGGAAACAUCACCUUGUAUUGCAUGUCAACAGUUCUGUAAUUUAUUUUGUACAGCGAUAAUAAGAAGCACACGUUCCAAAGCACACUGAGCUCAGAGAGAACCACAGGGCAAUUUCUAAUUAAACGCAGCCACAGAUUAGAUGGAACAGUUGCGGUGCUAGAAAACAAGUGUGUCAGCGAGCGCGUACGAGAUCAGGGGCAAUAAUUUCAAUAACCAGGGCAUGCAUGGAAGGAUUUUCAUGCAGAGUAAAUCUUCAAACACUGGCAUUAUAUAACAUGAAAUGAAGCAUUUAUUCACGAUAGAUAAACACCUGCGUAUACGUCAUACAUCUAGUACGUUCAUUCCAGAUAGAGUGCAAUAGAUUCAUUAUCCAUGUUCAUGAUCAGGGAUGUAAAUAUAAACUAUAAUUAAAUUAUUAUUAAUAACUUAAAGCGGAAUAUGGAAACCAAACGCAACAGGGUCUAACAGAGUCUAUGUUUGUGUACUUGUGUAUC